UAGAGGGGACUGGGGCGGCCCCGGGGUGCCCAAGGGGCUGCUACAGGGCUCCCUGCCGGUGGGCUUUGAUGGCUGCUGCACGGAUCCCGCCGAAGAUCUGUGCCCGGCCUCUGCGUUGGGCUUUAUCCGGCCGGGUGACAGCCACUGAGCCCCUCUGGUUUAACCCGGGCUGCGCUCAGCUCUUAGUGCCCUGUCUUCAGGUCUCCGAGAAGGCUUUGGUGAGCCAGGCUCGCAGAUGGGUCAGGGACUCUGGAGAGUUGCUAGGAACCAGCAACUGCAACACCAAGGGUACAGUGGACAAGGCUAUCUUACCAGAGAACAUGGCAGGAGGAUAGCUACUAACAGUGUUUCCAAUGCAAGCCACCGGAAACAAGCCCAAGGAGGCAUUGAUAUCUACCACCUGUUAAAGACAAGAAAAUCUAAAGAGCAAGAAGGAUUCAUUAACUUGGAAAUGCUGCCACCAGAGCUUAGUUUUACCAUUUUGUCAUACCUGAAUGCAACUGAUCUCUGUCUAGCUUCGUGCGUCUGGCAGGAUCUUGCUAAUGAUGAGCUUCUCUGGCAAGGGUUGUGCAAAUCCACUUGGGGUCACUGUUCUAUAUACAAUAAGAAUCCACCUCUAGGAUUUUCCUUUAGAAAAUUGUAUAUGCAGCUAGAUGAGGGCAGUCUCACCUUUAAUGCCAACCCUGAUGAGGGAGUCAACUACUUUAUGUCCAAAGGCAUACUAGACGAUUCGCCAAAGGAAAUAGCUAAGUUUAUCUUUUGCACAAGAACACUAAAUUGGAAGAAGCUGCGAAUCUAUCUUGAUGAAAGGCGAGAUGUUUUGGAUGACCUUGUGACGCUGCACAACUUCAGAAAUCAAUUCUUACCAAAUGCACUGAGAGAGUUCUUCAGACAUAUUCAUGCCCCUGAGGAGCGUGGGGAGUACCUUGAGACUCUUAUAACAAAGUUCUCUCACAGAUUCUGUGCUUGUAACCCUGAUUUGAUGAGAGAGCUUGGCCUUAGCCCUGAUGCAGUUUAUGUACUGUGUUACUCUUUGAUUCUACUUUCCAUUGAUCUAACCAGCCCUCAUGUGAAGAACAAAAUGUCAAAGAGAGAAUUCAUCCGAAAUACACGACGAGCCGCACAGAAUAUUAGUGAAGAUUUUGUAGGGCACCUUUAUGACAACAUCUACCUUAUUGGCCAUGUGGCUGCCUAAAAGCACAAUUUGCUAGCACUUAAUAUUUGUAAUUUUCAAAAACUACAUCAGUUCAAGAAAUUGAUUAUUUUGUAGAGAUGGGGGUUAUUUUAGUGCUGGUCAUUCUAACCUCUGUAUGCAAUCAAAGUUUGUGUGUGUAAGUGUGUGUAUGUGCAAACUACCUUUUCUAACUAUUUACUGUGGGAAUGGAAGGAUUUGGAGAUUUGUUUUUCGUAAUUUUUUUAGUUUUGCACAAAACAAUGCCAUUAGUCUGACACAGCUAUUUACAAAUGUUAAAACUGACAUUACAGUCUAAGCUGACAGUGGUGGAUUUGUGCAUUAGAUCUGCUUGAAACUUUAAUAAGUUCAUUCUUUUUAAAAUGCCAUGUAAUGUGUACAUAUUUAACUAAAGAGGUUUAUAAUCAUAAUUAUUUUAUUGUAAAAUAUUUUAACUAAAAUUUCUCCUUUUAUCUCUUAAGAGUGUACUUCUUUCUUUUGCAUUAAGCUUUUUCUUUUACAGUGCUAAUUACCUCAGAUACAUAUGUUAGAGAAACAUUGAUUUGAAUACUAUAAGAAAUUUUAUUCUAGAAGGUGACAGAAUACUUGUAAAAUAUCUAAAUUGAUAUUUAAUGCUAUAUGACUAACUUGAAUAAUAGCAAUGUGCUAUUCACUCAAAUUUAACGAAGAUUACAGCCUCUGUUUUAGAUGAACCCUGAUGUCAGUUAGGCACAGCCUAGGGAGAAUGUGUGUUUUACACAUAGCUAACCUAUAUUGUAGGCACAUUGGUGAUGUAGGACAACUACAUUCAGCUAUUUAGCACUGUAAGCAAAGGAAAAUUUCAACAGGGAAAGUGGUAGAGAGCAGCUAAACAUGUUGCUUCUUUCAACCACUUCCCUCAGUGUAGAAGUGUCAAUGAUGGAAAUGCCUAGGCAAAUUUAUACCAGAUGACUCAUUGUUAAAGCUGUUAAAAACAGUGACUGUGCACGCUUAGAGUGGUUACUGUGCAAGUCUGGAGCUGUUGCAGACUGUUUGGCCAACUGAGAUACUGAAGUAUUCUUUCUGAGUCUCUUACGUAGCUAGCUUUUUUAAUACUUCUAGAUUUAUGAAAAUACUUGAGAAAUGGUUUCAAGUCAGGUCGUAUCUUACAUUCUCUGAAGCGUGUAGAAUAUUAGUGCAUUUGAAGUGAAAAUGAAGUUAAUGAGGAUUUUUGCCUGGUUUUAACUCGUAGUGCAGUGCUUUUCUUAAACUGACAUCAUAUGUAGUUGAAAUACGAGUCAUUCCUUAAUCUUUUCCUGAUUGUUUGUUUACAUAAUCCUCAGCUAUCUCUAGCAUCUGGUUUCAUUGUGGUAACUAAUAGAUUUAUCAUUUUUACCUACCACACCAUGAGAUGAGGUAGAAAGAUCUUCUUAGUUCUGUUUUAGAGAUUGCUGUGGAUUUUUUUAUUUUUUUUUUUUAAAUGUAGGAAGCUUAUGGCAGAGACAGGAAUUGAAUGCAGGUCAUACUCCUCAUAGGCAUGCACUUUGCCCACACUGCUGCUUUAUCUUUGGCACUGAGUGGUUAUUACAUUCGUCUUAGAUGUGAGAAAAGCAAUGACUGACAAUAUACUUACUUCUGUCUACAUAAGGGCUACAUAAAUAACGGGGAAAAACAUAGCUACCGCUGCUUCUUCAAGUAUUUAGCAUAAGCAAGAUUUUGUUCAUAGCUCUGGUUCACAUGCAAAAAUGCACUCAGAAAGAGUUGUAUUUUUUUAUUAAAUUACCUUUAAUCAAGUUUAAAUGUCAUUUGUAUUUGUGUAGCGUACACUGCCAGCAGUAUUGCAGCAAUCUUCCAGCGAAGUUUUACAGUAUCAUUCCCCUCUCUCAGGGUCCCUCAUUGCUUCACCCUGUGUCCUUUCAUGUAUUUCACAAGGCCCAAGGGUGCAUUCCUUAAUCAUUUAUUAAUCUCAAACACGAAAUGUUAAAAACAUUAUAUUAAACAUUGCCUUAGGCAAACGUCUGUCCCUGUUCAAAAAAAAAAAAAACAGGAAAAUUGUAAUGUAAUCUGUAAAACCAACAAUAAGGACAAGUCUCUGUGUGCUCCUUGAGGUGCUCUUACAUGAAGACUGCAGAUUACAGAUUUCUAGAAAACACUCCUCAGACAUUACGCACAUAAAGAGAAGAAUUCAGUGAAUUUUGAAGUUACAAGUAAUCUUAUCUGGAAGAGUUUUCUUCUGGGACCACAGAUGCAGCUCAAGGUCUAAUUCUCUUCUCACUGGCACCUAUGUUGACAUGAGAGAUAGUGUUUUAGAUUUUGCACUGAUAUGAGAGUACAAUUCGUUAAUCUGCAUUUUUCUUAUUUUCCAGUUACCCUCGGUUCCCAUCAUCAGGCAGAUACAGAACAAAGCCUCCAGGCAGGCAGAAUAUGUUAUGUCUGGGAUAGUUGAGUACAUCUAUUAACAAGGUUUAGAAAGCUUCAAAGACCAGGGUGAUAAAUUAGAAACAGGACAACAUGCUUAAAGUCCAGGGG